ACCAGAAUAUUUUAUUGAAACACUAUUAACAACUCAUAUUGCAGAUUUAAAAAACAUAGUUUUAAGUGAAGAGUUUUCCAUUAUCCUAAAAAAAGAAGAAAAGUUAGAUCUAUCUGGAUUCUUCUUAUUGAUAGUAGAUCCAAUGAAAAUCCAUAGUAUAUGA